GCGGGUGUGGAUGUGAUCGUUGUGGAUGAGAGCGAGUUUAUGCACGUGCUGGGGCAUAAAAGCUCCAUGAUGCUGACCCUGGACGAGAUCUUACACCACAGGUAA